UUUAUGACUAUGAUUACGCUAAUAACAGAGUUUUUUUUUUUUUUUCUAGCGUAAGUCACAAACAGACAUGUUAUUUUUUAUGUCUCCAUAACGUAAAUUGUAGACUACUUGAUUUUAAAAACCUAUAAAACUCCCGAGUUAAUCACAAGGUUUUAAAAAAUGCAAAAUCCUUUCUUUUCCAUCGCCUGUGUUAGUGGGUUUCGCGCUCUUCUGAUUAAUAAAACUAAACUUAUUAGUUAUUAAUGAUGAGUAUUUUAUCACAGUUAUCAGGGCAGAAGCAUUUAUCUUGUUUUCUAAAGAUGGAGUUGUUAGAUUUUAGUCAUGUGUAGUGUGUUUUGUGGUCAGCAGAUGGCAGAAGAUGUAAAUAUUGUAAAAUAAAACACUGGCUUAAUAAAGUUCAGAACAAUUUUUUUUUUUUUUUUUUUUUUUUGGGAAAUAUUUGAAGACUCACAAAGCUUCAAUAAAACUAAGUUGCUUGAGAAUAAAGCAGAACUACACACCUAAAGCUUGAGAAACACAUUUACAAACAUUCUUACAUGAAAUUAAAUGUCAUCUUAACUAAGAAAAUGCUCUAACACAACAUAUCAGAAUUUGAAAUAUAGAAGACCUACAGUAUGUGAUAUUUAUUGGCUUUUUCUGAUCGUUUGAUCCAGUAAGAAUAGUCAUGAACACAAAAUUAUUCAUAAGCACAUGUGACAACUUGCCCCAGUAUCAUUGUGACAGCUUGUCUCAACCUGACACAUUUUUUGGGAGAUAAUUAGUCUUUUCAAAAACCCAUGCGUUCAUCCCUCGAUCCCCGCUGCCUGUGAAAAUAACACAUCUUCAGAUUGUUCCUGCAGACUUGCCAAGAGCGGGAGAGAGAAAGAGAACGAGCGAGAAAGAGGGAGGUACAGAAGAGUAGAGAGAUAGCAGUGAGUGGAAGAGAGAUGCAGUAGAGAUUGUGCACCUGCCUCAGAUAGGACACAACAGAUGAAAAGGAAGGAAAGGAUGCAAAGAAUCAUCUGAACUCCUAUUUGGACAACCUAAAAACCCCAAAAGAGAACAGGAAUUCAAAGAAAAAAAGAGACUUGUGGACAAGCUGUGUGGAGACUGAGGGGGACGUUGAAGAGACACAACACAAGCAACAAAAGAAAGAGAUGAAGCCUGAGCAGCUUUUGAGAAAAGAAGACUGAAAAUCCCGCUGUUUCAGGAGAGAGAUGUACCAAACUGAUGGGCUGUAGAAAGUGAGCGCAAUAUCGCCACAAAUUAGACAAACUUAACCAUCCAGACAUAGACUGCUGGGCGACAAGAAUGCAUCCUACCAAACUACAGUUUCCUGAGCUUAGCGUAGCAUCUGAUUAUUUCACCACAUGCUCUUUAAAGCAGAGACACUGAAGAUUGGAGUUGAAACUGCUGCAGAAGGCUUUCCGCUGAACUGAUACGGUCCUUAACAAGCAGCCAUUAGCACCUUGUGUAAGGCAGCCACCAACACAGUUUGAACUUCAGACAGAAUCACCUCACCUCUCUACUUUCUCUCGCUCUCUGUUCUGUAUGUGAUGGAGCUCUGAGGAUUAGUCGUCAUGCCAGUGAUGAAAGGGCUUCUGGCCCCUCAGAACACCUUUCUUGACACCAUCGCCAAACGCUUUGAUGGCACACACAGUAACUUCCUGCUGGGAAAUGCUCAGGGGAGUCGCGGGUACCCCAUCGUGUACUGUUCAGAUGGGUUCUGCGAGCUCACUGGGUUUGCACGUACAGAGGUAAUGAAGAAGACAUGCACAUGUCAGUUCCUGCACGGACAGGAAACGAGCGAGAGAGUCACUCAGCAGGUGGAGAAAACCCUGGAAGGACAGAGAGAGUUCCAGACGGAGGUCCGCUAUUACAGGAAGAAUGGUACCACAUUCUGGUGUCUGCUGGACAUUGUCCCUAUUAAAAAUGAGAAAGGAGAAGUGGUUCUUUUUCUCUUAUCCUUCAAAAACAUCACGGACUCGUAUGGCAAAUCACAUCCCGGCUCCAACACAGAAGAGGAUGGUACUCACAACAGGAAGUCCGGUGGAACUCAUCUGAGUCAGGCUCGUGAGCGUGGCCGCAGCGUCCUGUACCACCUGACCUGUCAGUUCACCAACAGGAGCAAAAGAAAGCUGCCAAAUAAUGUUUUUUCACAGCCAACUCUCCCGGAAUACAAGGUGGCAUCGGUGCAGAAAUCCCGCUUCAUUUUACUUCAUUACAGCAUGUGCAAAGCAUUGUGGGACUGGUUGAUCCUCCUUGCAACAUUUUACGUGGCUGUCACCGUCCCAUACAACGUCUGCUUCUCCGCCCCUGACGACAGCGAACCUGACAACCCGGACUGUGACUCCGCCUCCAGAACCACCAUUGUCAGCGACAUAGCUGUGGAGAUGCUCUUCAUCCUCGAUAUCGUUCUGAAUUUCCGAACCACCUACGUUGGGCCUGCGGGUCAGGUGGUUUAUGAUGCUCGCUCGAUCUGUUUACACUACUGUACUACGUGGUUUGUCCUGGACCUCAUCGCAGCUCUGCCCUUUGACCUGCUAUAUUUAUUCAACAUCUCAGUGACUUCCCUCGUGCACUUGUUGAAGACCGUGCGUUUGCUGCGUCUCCUGCGCUUGCUGCAGAAGCUGGAUGGUUAUUCUCAGUACAGUGCGGUGGUUCUGACACUACUGAUGUCUGUAUUUGCCCUGCUGGCACACUGGUUGGCCUGUGUUUGGUACGUCAUUGGACGCAAAGAGCUCGCCAGCAAUGACCCCCUGACCUGGGACAUUGGUUGGCUACAGGAGUUGGGCAAGCGUCUGGAGACUCCUUACACGAAUGGUACAGUUGGCGGCCCAUCUUUGCGCAGCGCCUACAUCGCAUCGCUCUACUUCACAUUGAGCAGUCUGACUAGCGUCGGGUUCGGAAACGUCUGUGCCAACACAGACGCUGAGAAGAUCUUCUCCAUCUGUACCAUGCUUAUCGGGGCCCUGAUGCACGCAGUGGUGUUUGGAAACGUGACAGCCAUCAUCCAGCGCAUGUACUCCCGCCGUUCGCUCUACCACACGCGCAUGAAGGAUCUGAAGGACUUUAUCCGUGUGCAUCGCCUGCCCCAGCAGCUGAAGCAGCGCAUGCUGGAGUACUUCCAGACCACUUGGUCUGUCAACAAUGGCAUCAAUGCCAACGAGCUUUUACAUGACUUCCCAGACGAGCUGCGGGCAGACAUCGCCAUGCACCUGAACAAAGACAUACUGCAGCUGCCGCUCUUUGCCUCCGCCAGUAGGGGGUGCUUGCGUUCACUAUCCUUGCACAUUAAGACCUCCUUCUGUGCACCUGGAGAGUACCUCAUUCGUCAUGGAGAUGCCCUGCAUGCUCAACACUUCGUCUGUUCAGGGUCUUUAGAGGUCCUCAAGGACGGCAUGGUGCUUGCCAUACUGGGUAAGGGAGACCUGAUUGGCGCUGACCUGCCUGGGAAGGAUCAGGUGAUCAAAGCUAACGCAGAUGUAAAGGCUCUGACCUACUGUGAUCUACAGUACAUCAGUGUCAGAGCGCUGCAGGAGGUUCUGGAGCUCUACCCAGAAUAUGGCAGCCGCUUUAAUGAGGACAUACACCAUAACCUCACCUACAACCUCAGAGAGGGCCAAGCCAGAUUCUCUCGCUCAGCUCGACUCUCACAGGAACACUUUGAUGAUUCCAAGCUGCCGUUUAUUGUGGAGGCAGAGCAAGAGGAGGAUGCUGGACAGGACCUGGGCAGGAAGCCCUUGCUCUCUGGCUUGGGUGGUCCUUCAUCUGAGCCUAAUCUGAGUGCUAUGUUAGGGGAGGAGUUUCGGCACCUUAACAUGCUCCGCCUCUGCAGAUCUCCCAUUCAAAGCUCCCGGGUUCAAAGCCCCUCUCCUCAGAUGCCACUCCAUGAGGAUCUGUCUCCAGCUCCAGUUCCCGCCCCAAGAAUAGACAAGAGCUCCUUCCACAGACCAGCCAAACUGCUCAUUCCCACCCUGAAUUGUGUCAGCCCACUGGACCUGAGUCCCCGGGUUGUCGAUGGCAUUGAAGAUAACGGACAUGCUUUUCACUUCAAUGUUGAGCGCAGUGAGCCAUCUCCUAACACAGAGGUCAAAGACCCGUUUCAGGUUGGUGCAAACCUUCUCCUUGAGACAGAGGAGGUCAGACAGAGUCUCCGUCAACUCAAUACAGAGAUGAACCACCUGAACCAGGAAGUGUCCUCACUGACCAAGGAGCUCCACGAAAUGAUGCAAUUCCUGCAUACGCACGUGACCCCACCUCACUUCACUUCCUCUUUCACUCCCUUCAGCUCUUUCAGUUGUCAUACAUCAUCCAACUGUACCAACGUGGCCUCCUCGACCAGCAACUGGCCAUCCAGGCUGGCUUUUAACAUGUCUGCCGGUCCUUGCCUGCAGCCGGAAGCGUCUCAGAGAGAUUCUUUAGGAUCCAGGCACACAUGCAUUUGCAGCGGGAGCCAUUCCCAGGAAAGAGGCUCCGUCUUGGGGCAGGAAGGGGACAUAGAGCUCCUCCAUCAAGCUGCCAGUCCUCACUCAACCUACUUUCCAUGCUGCCCUGACCAGGAAAGGGUCGCCACCUUGGGUGUAGAGAGUCAGACAAACUCAUAUCAGACUUCUCAAACUACACCCAACUCUCCUUAUCUAGGACACCAUGUUCCUCGCAAUGGCGGGUCACUCUUAGGCUUGGCGGCAUUUCCGUCCAGUGGUUUGGCUCCUCAGGUUAGGAGUGGGAGUCCCGCUAACACAUUGUCUCUGUGCACCCAUAACAUCCAGAGUCAGUCGCAUCCGUCUUUAAACGUACAAAUGACCUCUGACCUGCACACCAGGGCACCCACACCCAUCCAUUUAUCGGUUACACCAACCGGCCCAUCAGAGCCUCUUAUAGCAGUCAGUUCACUUUUGCAUUCUGGGAUUUGUAGUUCCAGCUUGCUGCAUUUCCCCACAGGUCCGAGACAGAAUGACCUGGUGGGAUCGAGUCCUGUUCACACAUUUGAGCCCAUUGUAUCAUCCAAUGGAGAGAAACAGGGGAAACCAGGACCUGCUGAGGAGCGACACAAUGACUGAGCCAUCGCUGAGCAGGAGUGAUGGACAUAUUAAGAGUAUUCUAACAUACUCUUUGUCUGCUGCAUGGAUAAUGCCCCCAUUUUAACCAAAUGCAAUGCAUUGUGGGAGCCGUAUAUGUGGGUUAUGUUAAAUAUGCACGAUAAUGUGCAAAACCGUGCCUAUUGUUUCAAAAUCGCCUCUUUUUUGAUUCGAGUAGGACUUAAGGGUCUGUGAGUCACGCUUAAUUGUAUUUAGGUUAAAUCUGUUUCCACUGGUUGGAUUUAAUUUGCUCCGUAUGGCUUGAUUUUACAUUGGCAGUUUUACCGUGUAGGUUCAAGAUGGUGUCCCUUAGGACUGAGUCAUAGAUUACGAAGAGCCAGAAUUUACAGGCUGUUAUCACACUGCAUCUUUUUCAAAGCCUCAUUUUAAAACACUUGUACCUAAUUUCCUGAUUUUAUUACAGAACAUUAAUUGCAUCAAUUGCAAUCUAAAUUCUGUCAUCAUUUAUUCACCUUCAUCAUCAUUUUAAACUUGUACAACCUUCUUUCUUCUGUGGAUCAUAAAAGAAGGUAUUUUGAGAAAUGUCUCUGUUUUUUUGGGGGGGGGGGUUUGCCUAUACA